GGAUACUUUUCCCGCUAUCAGGAGCUUGCCGUUUUAAUCAGCAAGAAGUUUCCUGGUACGGGAGUGAAAGGUAUUGUGGGAAGACCAGGUGCCUUCGAAGUCAAAAUUAACGGACAGCUUGUCUUCUCCAAGCUUGACCGUCAUGGCUUCCCAUGUGACGAAGAUGUUUUAAACCAGGUCAAGAACGCCUACGAUGGGAAACCUUUGGAGAGGAUCCUCAGAUGCCAAGAAAAUUGUACCAUCUUGUAGCCCCCCUCUGUCCUGCUGCUGCGACGGGAGCACGGUUUCAUCUGAGAUCCAGCCGGGAUGAAGCACUUUGAGCUGCUUCCUGUGCAGGUUCUGCAGAAAGUCAGCUCCUCUCUCUGCUCCCAUUCGACCCUCCAGGCUGUUAAUGAGUACUGUAGCUGAAAGUCUUAAAGGUUAUGGUAU